AUGGCGCCCGACGCAGUGGCGGCGGUGGACACGGGAGUGCCAGGCGAGGCAACGCCUGAUGCUGCGGGUCCCGAGGCCGCGGCUGCGGCGGCGGACACGUCGACACCAGGCGUGGCAACAGCGGACACAGCGGCGGCGGAGACGGCAACGCCGAGCACAGCAACACCCGACGAGGUGGCCCCCGAGGUCCCGGCUAUGGCGGCAGGCGCGCCGUCACAGGGCUUGGCGUCGUCGAGCUCAGCGGCUCCGGACGCCGCGAUCGCGAGCGCCUCGGCACCUGAGGGCCUGGCGUCCGCGCCAGAUGCUCCCCUCCCCAGCUCCCCACUUGUAGUGGAGGAAGAACUGGAGGAGGUCCCUGGUAGGCGGCUCUUGCGGGGUUCGCCAGAGGAGGUUCCCCUCCCCCGGGUGCUGGUCCGGCUCCGGUGGACGAUUGAAGAAGCAACUGGCACUGCCGAGGCUGCAUUCCGGCGGGAGUUGGAGGCUCUGGAGAGCGAGCGACGGGAGAAAGGCGUGGCGCUGCGGGAGGCAGAUGUUGCCAAGGCGGAGGCCAGCCUUGCGGCCCAGAGAUCCGUGAUCGAGACUCGCAGCCAGAGUCUCGAGGUCCGCAAGCAGGAGCUCGAGAAGCUCUCUGAGACCCUGCAUGGAUGGCGCGAGCAGCUGCAGGUGACCGCCAGCCAGCAGGCGGUUGCCGAGAUGGAGCUCGAGAAGGAGAGGCAGUCCCUUGCUAGGCGGGAAUCCCACGCCACCAACAUAGAGACCCAGCUUGGGCGCCAGCGCGAUGGUGGAGAAGAAGGAGGCCACGCUCCAGGAGAAGGUCCCUGA